AUGGGAUUCAGUAAAAAAGCUUGUUUGCUGUGUGCUUUCCUUAUAUGUUUGUUCUCUACGACACAUGUGGUCUGUGCCUUGGACUCCAUUUCAUCAUCUGUGUCAAUCCAAGAACCUGAAACAGUGAGGUCAUGUAACAACAUGUUCACACUAGGAUUCUUCAGUCCUCAAAAUUCCACUAAUCGCUACCUGGGAAUUUGGUACAUGUCCGAGUCCUCUAUUGUUUGGGUUGCUAACAGAAACAAUCCACUAAUCGAUUCUUCUGGGAUUCUCACAAUCUCAGAAAAUGGCAAUCUUGUUGUUUUGAAUGGGCAAAAGCAGGUUGUUUGGUCAACAAAUGUCUCGCUAGUUGCCUCAAACUCCAGUGCUCAACUCUCGGGUCUUGGCAACCUUGUCCUUGCUGAUGGCAAUACACUGUUACCCUUCAUGAAAAUCAGUAUUAAUAAAAGAACAGUAUUUGUAUGGAAAGAAAAUCGUCCUUAUUUUCGAACUGGCCCCUGGGAUGGCGCAGACUUCCUUGGGGUACCAAGGAUAGAUUCAACUAACCACAAGGAUGGGUUUCAAAUGAAAGAAGAGGAAGGGACUUUGGAACUAUAUUUUUCAUACGAGUCAUUUCUGACUUUUCCCUUAAAUCCUCUAGGUAAAAUAGAACAAAGGCGUUGGAAUUCCCAGACAAAUAGAUUGGAACUUAUGAGGAUAAUUGGUUCUUCAGAGUGUGAUGUUUAUGGCAAAUGUGGUCCAUUCGGGAUUUGUAAUUUGCAGAGCUCCCCAAUUUGCAGCUGCUUGAGAGAGUUUGAACCAAGGAACGAAGAAGAAUGGGGAAGGCAGAACUGGACCAGAGGGUGCGUCAGAAGAGAAGCACUUCAAUGUGAAAGAGACAAAAAUGAUUCUCGAGCUAGCAAAAUAGAUGGGUUUUGGAUGCUGGAGAGAGUGAAAUUACCAGAUGAUGCACAAGUGUUACCUUCUUUCUCUGAGGCUAUUGUAGACUGUCAAACUGCAUGCCUCAAGAAUUGCUCUUGUGUUGCUUAUGCCCAUGAAAGAAACCUUGGCUGUACGAUUUGGUAUGCAGAUUUACUUGACUUACGGAGCUUCCCAGAAGAAGAGAUUGAUGUUUACAUACGUUUAGCCUACUCAGAACUAGGCAUAGGAAAAAGGAACAUGACAACGCCUAUUACAAUAUCAUCUUUGAUAGGAACAAUUCUCAUUACGGAGCAAACUCAAGACGAAACAAGGAUGAUGCCCCUGAAGCAAGUCCAUAUUCCAGAUCUAUCAUUGUUUUCUUUGAAAAAGUUGGAAACUGCAACAAAUAACUUUGACAUAUCAAAUAAACUUGGGCAGGGUGGUUUUGGUCCAGUUUACAAGGGGACAUUGGAAGAUGGGCAGGAAAUAGCAGUAAAAAGACUAUCAAGGUUAUCAGGACAAGGUAUUGAAGAAUUUAUAAAUGAAGUGGAGUUGAUCUCUACACUUCAACAUCAAAACCUUGUUAGACUUCUUGGAAGUUGCAUUGAAGAAGAGAUAUUGGUUUAUGAAUACAUGCCAAACAAAAGUUUGGAUACAUACAUAUUUGAUCCAUUGAAACAAAAAUCCUUAAAUUGGAAGCGCUUCACCAUUAUCGAGGGAAUAGCAAGAGGAUUGCUUUAUCUUCAUAGAGAUUCAAGAUUACGAAUCAUACACAAAGAUUUAAAGGCAAGUAACAUAUUAUUGGAUGAGAAAAUGAAUCCAAAGAUAUCAAAUUUUGAAAUGGCUAAACUUUUUGGAGGCAGUGAAAAUCAAGCAAAUACAGAAAGGGUUGUUGGAACAUAUGGCUAUAUUUCUCCAGAAUAUGCAACAGAAGGACUCUAUUCGAAGAAAUCUGAUGUCUUUAGCUUUGGUGUUUUGCUAUUGGAAAUUAUUAGUGGAAGGAAAAACACUAGCUUUUAUGAAGAUGCAGAAUCUUUCACACUUUUAGGAUUUGCAUGGAAAUUAUGGAUCGAUGACAAUGUUAUGCCUCUAAUAGAUCCACAAAUAUAUGAUCCAAGCUUUUACAAGGGCAUAUUGCAGUGCAUCCAUAUUGGGCUUUUGUGUGUGCAAGAACUUGCAAAAGAUAGGCCCAUAAUGGCCUCUGUAAUGUCCAUGCUUCAUAGUGAGAUUAUGGAUAUUCCUCUCCCAAACCAACCUGCAUUCAUUCUCAGGCAGACCAUGUCUCUUAUAGAAGAGCAAACUACAAAAUAUGGAUCAUGUUCCAUCAAUAAAUGGAUGAUCACAACCCACGUUUGCAGCGCUGGCAACAUGACUCUCACGCACACCAGCUACGCGCAUGAGAACAGCAAAACAGAGCAACAAUGGAGAAGACAAACAGAGACAGAGAAGAAAGAUGAAGAACCUGGGUAUCGCACAGCGAGAGCGACCUCACAGCAACUCGUCUCUCUCGUCGACGGUAGCAAAGGAUGA